ACAAAAUCACAUAAACGGAAACAUGGGAAACUUUGAAAAGUGUCAAACACAGUAUUUGAAAGCGGUAAGCUGGACCGCAGCUACGCCGUUAGUCGGAAUCAAGUCGACUCCAAAGUCAAAACGACCGGUCCUUGAGCACAUAGCUCCUCGCGGGGCUUAUUUAUAACAAGUGGUGGUAAAUGCGAUCCCUCUUGGAGUUAGUCGAGAAUCUGGAAAUCGCUACCAUUGAUGUUCCGUUUAGAGUAAAGAUAACGUCCGCAUUAACUUCCGGCAUACCACAGGGGCAAACAAUGGGGCAGGGUGGUUCCCCGUUAUCGAGAUGUACCGCCAAGCGACCGGAACCAGAGGCGGUGCUCUCGGACUCAUGAUCCUCCUUCUCCUUCCGCUUGUGAGCAGCAGCAUUGGCACUGCCCUGACGCAGAGCCGAGCUUCCUGGGCUUUGGCUAGAGACGGAGCAACGCCUUUCUCUGGUACAAUUGGAAAAGUGAAGAAGAGCCAUAGGGUACCAGCUAACGCCAUUAUCUUCGUCACUUAUUUCAACACUAUGUUGGGCGCUAUCUACGCUAGAAGCUCUCUCGCUUUCAACGUAAUUACUGGCUUAUUUGCGUCGCUCAUGUUACUAUCGUAUCUGAUAGCAAUCCUCCUAUAUCUCCUGGGAGGGCGGCAGAGUGCAAAACCAGGUCCUUUUUAUGUGAAAGGCUUACUUGGGUAUGUUGUUGGGGCUGUGUCUUCUGUAUAUUUAGCUAUUAUAAUUAUCUUCUAUAACUGCCCAUAUAUGAUGCCCGUGGAUAUCGACGAGAUGAACUAUUCAUGCGUCCUUUUCGGAGCCAUGGUUAUCUUUCCUGGGCUCUGGUGGAUCAAGAUUCGGAAAAUAUACCGUGGACCGCCUGUUGAGAUGCUGGUAUAG